GGUCCGUGACGCAUCACCGGCCUCCCACUCACUGGAUAUAUAUUAGGAGAGCUUCGCUCCGAAUUAACGAAAGUUUUUGGCGCCUUUAGGAAGACCGUCGUUUCUACUUAUAUCUCUAAGAGUUUUAAGAUGUCGCUGUCGUGGGCACUUCUCCUCCUCGUUCCCAGUCUUAUGGAGUGUGCCCCUAGCUGGUCCUAUGGUUGGGGAAACACAUGGCAGGACCUUCCUUUUUGCUCCAGCGAUCCAGUACCAUGUGACAUGGCAUUAAAAAUGUACGCGGCGACGUCUCCCAAUUCUCAGGAAAUCUACAACACAGACAGGCAGAUCUGUACUUGUCCCGAUGGAAACACUUGUCCUAGCGGUUGGAUUACUCAAGGCGACAAAACCAUCACCAGGGACAUCCUCUCAAGAGGAAGGCGGAUCGGCAUCGCUUUACACUACUGUAACCCGCUAGGGGCAGUCCGAUCAUGCGAAGACGGAGAGACAGCUAUGGUAAUGGAGGGUGGAAAUAUUCCGGAAAGAAUUCGUUCCGUGAACUGUAAAUGCCAAGGACAAGACCCAAUGAAAAUCAAAAAGAGCUACAUGGUCGGGUGGAAAUGGAAUCAUGAUCUUGUUUGCGAUAUGCCCCGGUGUAACAUCAAUCGUUCGGAUGGAGGUAUGUGUGAGAAAAUCCGGAAAGUAAGAGACCCUCAGACUUGGCUUGAGACGUACGUCAACACAAACCUUUGUGAAUGUCCGACCGGGUACGACUGCAUUCAGGAGAGUCGUCUGAACAAGGAGGUGUUUUACGGUGCUCUCGAUAACAGAGGAACUGAGUUCAUUAUUACGUUUAUGGACAACAAAAUUUUAGAAAAUAGGGACAUUCAGCCCGAAAUUUUUAUCACCACGGCCAAAUCGCACCUCGUUCACGUAACGGUUACGUCUCCAGGUGUGCAAAACUCCCACCUGCACGACAGCUUCUCCAUUACAAAUGGACACGUCAAACGAGUUGCUGUCGACACAAGCUAUCGUUUAAACCAAACUGAAUUCAGUAAGAAGGGUAUUCUAAUUCAAGCAGAUGACGAAAUCGUUGUCUAUGGAGUCAACAGGGAAGUUUAUUCCGACGACGGCUAUUUGGCGUUGCCAACGGACGUCUUGGGAACAGAGUAUUAUACCAUGUCAUACUCGCCCUCCUAUUACUAUUGUGUUUUUGCCGUUAUUGGAGUUCAGGACCAAACUCAUGUUGCGAUUCAGCUUCCAAAUACUCCUCAUGUUAAUGUUACGUACAAAGGCCAUAUGUACACUAAAAACCAAUGGAUUAACGUGACGUUGGAUAGAUUCAGUACAUUUGAGCUCCAUGCUGUUCCCGAUCUCAGCGGUGCGCACAUUGUCUCUGAUAAACCCGUCGGGGUCCUCAGUGGAAAUAGGAAGGCUGUGGUCGGAAAUACAGGCGGGUCACGUGAUCAUUUGGUCGAGAUGUUGCUUCCAGUGUCUUCUUGGGGCAAGAACUAUGCCACCGUACCAAUACCAGAGAGAGCUGUGGGUGACAUAUUCCAGUUCCUUGCUAGUGAGGACAACACCCAUGUCAAUGUUUCAGGUGUAAUCAACGGCAAGGCAUUUCAUGAUCACUUCACAAUUUCAAAAGCUGGAACGUAUGCUAAGAAAGAAUAUGACUCAGCUUUGUAUUCCCAUAUAACAUCCGAUAAACCGAUCUCAGUCUUUCAAUUUUCCAAGACUCAGAAAGGAGGGACGGAUUUGGCCGACCCUGCUAUGUUGAUUGUCCCGCCCAUUGAACAAUAUGCUGCAGACUAUACAUUUACCACACCCGAAUACUCUAAAGGAGAGUACACCAACUAUUUCAUGUUCGUGGUCGACGUUGCCCAGAAGAACGGUCUGAGACUGGACAACCAUCCUCUGCCCCACAACCAGCAUUACGUGACGAUUCCUGGAAGUAAUCUAGUGGCUGGAUUUCUGAAGGUCUCCGUUGGAACCCAUUCUGUGACCCACACAAACCCCACCACUGUCAUUGGGGGAAUUCUCUUUGGAAAAGCAAACCUUGAAUCCUACGCUUUUCCUAUUGGUCUGCUACUGACUCCAGUUAACACAGUGAGAAACUAA